AUGGCUGAAUUCGACACUCUCGACAUCGUCGUCCUCGGCGUCAUCCUCCUGGGAACCAUUGCCUACUUCACAAAGGGCACUCUUUGGGGCGUUACCAAGGACCCUUAUGCGAAUGCUUUUGCCAAUGCCAAUGGCGCAAAGGCCGGGCGCUCCCGCAACAUUCUCGAGAAGAUGGACGAGACUGGCAAGAACUGUGUCAUUUUCUACGGAUCUCAGACUGGAACCGCCGAAGACUACGCCUCCCGUCUCGCCAAGGAGGGCAAAAGUCGCUUUGGCCUGGAGACCAUGGUAGCUGAUUUGGAAGAGUACGAUUUCGAUAACCUCGAUGCCAUGCCUAGCGACAAGGUCGCCAUGUUCAUCCUGGCCACCUAUGGCGAGGGGGAGCCCACCGACAACGCCGUCGAGUUCUACGAGUUCAUCACUGGUGACGACGUUAGCUUCUCUGAGGGUAGUGACCCUGCGCUGCAGAACCUCAAUUACGUCGCUUUUGGUCUGGGCAACAACACCUACGAGCAUUAUAAUUCCAUGGUUCGCAAUGUCGACAAGGCCCUCCAGAAGCUCGGCGCCAGCCGCAUCGGCGAAGCCGGCGAGGGCGACGAUGGCGCUGGCACCAUGGAAGAAGACUUCUUGGCCUGGAAAGAUCCCAUGUGGGCUGCUCUCGCGGAAAAGAUGGGCCUCGAGGAGCGCGAGGCUGUCUAUGAACCUACCUUUGGCAUUGUUGAUCGUGAGAACCUAACCGUUGAAUCCCCUGAAGUAUAUCUCGGCGAACCGAAUAAGAUGCAUCUUGAGGGUACUGCCAAGGGCCCCUUUAACUCCCACAACCCGUAUAUUGCACCAAUUGCCGAAUCCCGGGAGCUGUUCUCCGCCAAGGACCGAAACUGCAUUCAUAUGGAUGUUGAUAUUAAUGGCUCUAACCUCUCCUACCAGACUGGUGACCACAUUGCCAUUUGGCCCACUAACUCUGGCGAUGAGGUUGACCGAUUCCUCGACAUUAUUGGCUUGAAAGAGAAGAGAAACAACGUCAUCAGCAUCAAAGCAUUGGAGCCCACCGCCAAGGUUCCUUUCCCAACCCCGACCACCUACGAUGCUAUUGUCCGAUACCACUUGGAAAUCUGCGCGCCUGUUUCGCGACAGUUUGUCGCGACCCUGGCUGCAUUUGCUCCCAAUGACGAAGUCAAGGCUGAAAUGGCCAGACUCGGAAGUGACAAGGAAUACUUCCACAGCAAGACCGGACCGCAUUUCUACAACAUUGCUCGACUCCUGGACACAGUAGGCAAGGGCGAGAAGUGGACCAAAAUCCCAUUCUCCGCCUUUAUUGAAGGCCUGAACAAGCUGCAGCCUAGAUACUACUCCAUCUCGUCGUCCUCCCUUGUUCAGCCAAAGAAGAUUUCCAUCACUGCCAUCAUCGAGUCUCAGGCGAUCCCUGGAAGAAAAGAUCCAUUCCGUGGUGUGGCUACAAACUACCUGUUUGCCCUGAAGCAAAAGCAGAAUGGCGACCCCAACCCAUCUCCCUUCGGGAAAACCUAUGCCCUCAACGGUCCCCGCAACAACUUUGACGGAAUUCAUGUGCCCGUACAUGUUCGCCACUCCAACUUCAAACUACCUUCGGACCCCGCCAAGCCUGUCAUCAUGGUCGGCCCCGGCACUGGCGUCGCUCCUUUCCGUGGUUUCAUCCAGGAACGUGCCAAGCAAGCUCAGAACGGAGCCACUGUCGGACGUACGAUUCUAUUCUUCGGAUGCCGAAAGCGAUCCGAGGAUUUCUUGUACGAGUCUGAAUGGGAGGAAUAUAAGAAGGCUCUCGGAGACAGCCUAGAAAUCGUUACCGCUUUCUCACGAGAAUCCUCCAAGAAGGUCUACGUCCAACACCGUCUGAAGGAGCGAUCCAAGGAAAUCGGCGAGCUCCUCUCACAAAAGGCUUACUUUUAUGUCUGCGGUGAUGCCGCGCACAUGGCUCGUGAAGUGAAUACUGUUUUGGCCCAAAUCAUUGCCGAGUCACGUGGCGUGUCGGAAACCAAAGGCGAGGAGAUUGUCAAGAACAUGAGAGCAGCAAAUCAAUACCAGGAGGAUGUCUGGUCCUAG